GGGUAAUGGUGCCCUUCCUCAUGGAUUCUGAUAUGCUGCCAGACAGAAGCAUAGCGUUGUACACUUCCAACAAAUCCGGGCCCAUCCAGUCCCACAGAGCCAAGUACAACUCUGCCGCUAUGCAGCAGGUCCUGGACAACUUGAAUGACUUACCAAACUCUACUGGAGCCAAGGAUCUAGAUUUAUUGUUCCUGAGAGGAAUCAUGGAGAGCCCAAUUGUUCGGUCACUAGCUAAGGCCCAUGAGAAGCUGGAAGACACUAAGCUGGAGGCUGUGCGUGAUAAUAACUUGGAGUUAGUGAAGGAGAUCAUUGAUGAUAUCACCCCAAUUGCCAAGGAGAAUGAUACUGCAGCUGAACUCAGUCAUAUUCUCCAAGAACCACAUUUUCAGUCUCUGCUGGAAGCUCAUGACUCUGUCGCCUCCAAAAACUAUGAAACUCCACCCCCAAGUCCAGAGUCUUUUAUGGACUCUACAUUCAACAAUCAGCCUGUCCCACCUGAUGCAGUCCGAAUGGUGGGGAUUCGCAAAGUCAAGGGUGAACAUUUGGGUGUAACGUUCAGGGUUGAAAACAGUGAACUUGUGAUUGCUCGAAUUCUUCAUGGAGGCAUGAUUGACCAACAAGGUCUACUUCAUGUGGGGGACAUCAUCAAGGAAGUGAAUGGAAAAGAGGUCGGGAAUGAUCCAAAGGUUUUGCAGGAAAUGCUCCAGAAUGCCAGUGGAAGUGUCAUCCUUAAGAUCCUACCUAGCUAUCAGGAACCACAUCCUCCGCGCCAGGUGUUUGUGAAGUGCCACUUUGAGUAUGACCCUGUCAAUGAUAACCUGAUCCCUUGCAAAGAAGCUGGCUUGAAGUUUACCUAUGGCGAUAUAUUACAGAUUGUGAAUCAGGAAGACCUCAACUGGUGGCAGGCCUGCCAUGUGAAGGAGGGAGGUAGUGCAGGCCUUAUCCCAAGUCAACUGUUGGAGGAAAAGAGGAAAGCUUUUGUCAAACGAGACUGGGACUUCUCUGCACCUUCAGGUGCACUAUGUGGAAGUAUGGGUGGGAAAAGGAAAAAGAAGAUGAUGUAUCUGACCACAAAAAAUGCAGAAUUUGAUCGACAUGAACUUCUAAUCUAUGAGGAAGUUGCAAAGAUGCCACCAUUUCAGAGGAAAACUCUGGUCCUUAUAGGAGCACAAGGAGUUGGGAGAAGAAGCUUAAAGAACAGACUCAUCAUGUCUGAUCCAAUGAGAUUUGGAACAACCAUUCCUUACACGGGGAGAAACUUACUUCACUGGAAACCGAAGGAAGACGAGAAUGAUGGCCAUAUUUAUGCCUUUGUGUCCCGCGCUGAAAUGGAAAAUGACAUCAAAGGGGGUCGGUAUCUGGAACAUGGCGAAUAUGAAGGAAACCUUUAUGGAACAAAGAUUGAUUCCAUUCAUGAGGUUGUUGAAUGUGGAAAAAUAUGUAUCUUGGAUGCAAACCCGCAGGCAUUGAAGAUUCUGCGAACAUCUGAAUUCAUGCCUUACGUGGUAUUUAUUGAGGCUCCAGACUUGGACACACUCCGAGCAAUGCACAGGGCAGCUAUUGAUGUGGGCGUUACAACGAAACAAUUAACUGACACUGAUUUGAAGAAAACGGUGGAUGAGAGCUCCCGCAUUCAGCGAGCAUACAACCACUACUUCGAUCACACAAUUAUGAAUGAUAACCUUGACAAAGCCUUCCAAAAGCUUCAGGCAGCCAUGGAAAAACUCUGCACAGAGCCCCAGUGGGUGCCAGUGAGCUGGGUCUACUAAUGUUCUUCCAAAGGGUGGAGGAAUAUGUUUUACACAGAGCACCAUUAACUUUGUAGAAAAAGUCCUUUAGAACUAAAGAGGCAUCAAUUUGAAUAAGUCAUAACUGGAGCAACUGAUCAUGCUUCCAACAACCAACAUUGUGCCAAUCAACAAUGAAUAAAAAUGUUUUGAAAGGGAAGGAUGAGAAUUCUCCCAGGCCAUCGUUACGAUUUGAUUUUUCAAACAAUAUAGGAACUGGGCAAAUUUUUUGGGCAUUGGUAUCCAGUUUGUUGGUUUAUGGCACGUUCUGAUAGAUUAACAAGAUUAAACAAUACAACUUUUCUGCUCUUUGCAGCAUUUCACCAGAAAAAUAAACAACUAAUUAACAAAAAUACAAACUACUGUGGUUGGUGAAAAGUUGAGACAAAACCAGACAAUGCUGGAAAAAUAAAAAGUUAAUCAAUCUAAAACUGUUUCCUUAUCUGCUGAGAUUUUCCAGCAUUUUCAGAUUUUAUAAACAAUUGACACUGUACACAUAAGGGGAAAUAAUCAUGGGCACAUCGAUGUUGGAUUUUAAAAUAUCGGUUCUCUUUAAACUUUUAAUCUUUGUUCCAUUUCAAUGCUUUUAAGUUACUUUAAAAUGGACAGAUUUGAAUUGAAAGUUUAUCCAGAAUCAACCUUGAAAUUAUUGCCAUUAUUUUGGAAAGGAUUCUUUAAGAUCUGUCAAAAUUUGGUUCAAUUGUACAUUUACCCAAGAUUGCUGAAUACUGUGGUCAUGGUGUUCUGGCAAUAACAGCACACAUAAUUUACCCUUAAGAAAUAUGUACACAUUAUGCUUUAAUACAAUUGUCUGAAUUUAAUUUGUCUGUUGUUCAAAAAGGCAAACAACUAACUAUACAUAUACUGAAGUCUUAAUUAAAUGGUGGAGGAUGCAAACCUGUUAAAAUACUCAUGUGCUAAUACUGAAUAGCACAGUUUUAUCCCAGACUUUCCUUCACUGUUGUUCCUACAAAUUGUUAAUCAAAUUGGAAACAACUAUGUUGCUUUGGCCUAGCACUGGGAAUUUAUUUUCUACAGCUCUUAAUUCUCAAGGACCUUUUCAUUCAGACUUGAUCUAAUAUUUACUAAUAACAAGGUUAUCUGUGGAAGAGUACCUCUUUUUAAUGGCUCACUGGACUUUAUUUUACAAACUGAGAAACGAGUUUAAUUGAGCCUUCCUUGUUUACUGUCUUUAAGUUCACUGCUGAGCUGUACAAGUUUUGCUCUAAUUGUGAUAGAGUUUAGAUUUCUUUUAAAUUUAAUAUCAUUUGGAUAUAAGUCAUUCAGUGUGGUUAUGCCUUUAACAAAAUAACCAAUUUGCUAUCCCCAUUGUGAAUUACAGUUUCAGAGCAGUAAUGAUGUGUAUUCACACACUUGAAACAUGAGCUGAAUUAAAUCGAGUUCAACAACAAUUUAUAGACAGCUAUUGUAAAGGUUAACCAGCGGAUUAUUGUGGGCUGCAACUAUAACCUAGGUCAUCAAGGUGUAAGUGUGGACAUUUAUUAACCUUCUUCUGUUUAUUUCUUAAUAAAUUAUAAUUAAGAUGAAAUUGGGACAAAAAAAUGAACAAAAAGCACCCAGGACAAAAUAUUCAGACUGAAGUAAAACAAAAAAGUG